GCCCGGCGGGCCGCAGCGGGGAGGUGCGGAGCGCGGCGAGGGCGGCUGCGGGAGCCAGCCGCCGCCCCUGCGCUCCGGGGCUGCGGGGCGCAUGGGGCGCAGGGAACUGGGAACCUUUGCAGGCUGUGCGCCCGGCCGCCUGCUGCGGUGAGACGCGGCACCGGACGCCUCCAGAGCCCGGGCAGUCGGGAGUAUGACCAUGGCUGGGGGCCGGCGGGGACUGGUGGCCCCGCAGAACACGUUUCUGGAGAACAUCGUGCGGCGGUCCAACGAUACUAAUUUUGUGUUGGGGAAUGCCCAGAUAGUGGACUGGCCCAUUGUCUACAGCAAUGAUGGAUUCUGCAAGCUCUCUGGCUACCACCGGGCAGAAGUGAUGCAAAAAAGUAGCGCCUGCAGUUUUAUGUAUGGAGAACUGACCGACAAGGACACCAUUGAAAAGGUGCGCCAGACCUUUGAGAACUACGAGAUGAAUUCCUUUGAAAUCCUGAUGUACAAGAAGAACAGGACACCUGUGUGGUUUUUUGUGAAGAUUGCGCCAAUCCGGAAUGAGCAGGAUAAAGUGGUUCUGUUCCUCUGUACCUUCAGCGACAUAACCGCAUUCAAGCAGCCGAUCGAGGAUGACUCAUGCAAAGGUUGGGGGAAGUUUGCUCGGCUGACCAGAGCUCUGACAAGCAGCAGGGGUGUCCUGCAGCAGCUGGCCCCCAGCGUACAGAAGGGCGAGAAUGUUCACAAGCACUCGCGCCUGGCAGAGGUCUUGCAACUGGGCUCAGAUAUCCUGCCCCAGUACAAGCAAGAGGCGCCAAAGACCCCCCCUCACAUCAUCUUACACUACUGUGUCUUUAAGACCACGUGGGAUUGGAUCAUCUUGAUCCUGACCUUCUACACGGCCAUCCUGGUCCCUUACAACGUCUCCUUUAAGACCAGGCAGAACAAUGUGGCCUGGCUGGUGGUGGACAGCAUUGUGGACGUCAUCUUUUUGGUGGACAUUGUUCUGAAUUUUCAUACCACCUUUGUCGGGCCAGCGGGGGAAGUGAUAUCUGACCCCAAGCUUAUCCGCAUGAACUACCUGAAGACGUGGUUUGUGAUCGACCUUCUGUCCUGCCUGCCCUACGACGUCAUCAACGCUUUUGAGAACGUGGAUGAGGUUAGUGCCUUUAUAGGUGAUCCAGGGAAGAUUGGUUUUGCUGAUCAGAUUCCACCACCACUGGAGGGGAGAGAGAGUCAGGGCAUCAGCAGCCUGUUCAGUUCUCUGAAGGUUGUGCGCUUGCUCCGUCUCGGGCGAGUGGCCCGCAAGCUGGACCAUUACAUUGAGUAUGGAGCUGCGGUCCUGGUCUUGUUGGUGUGCGUGUUUGGGCUGGCCGCCCACUGGAUGGCCUGCAUCUGGUACAGCAUUGGGGACUACGAGAUCUUUGAUGAAGACACCAAGACGAUCCGCAACAAUAGCUGGCUCUACCAGCUGGCGAUGGACAUCGGCACUCCAUACCAGUUCAACGGGUCUGGCUCGGGCAAGUGGGAAGGCGGGCCAAGCAAGAAUUCUGUCUACAUCUCCUCCCUGUACUUCACCAUGACCAGUCUCACCAGUGUGGGCUUUGGGAACAUCGCCCCGUCCACAGACAUUGAGAAGAUCUUCGCAGUGGCUAUCAUGAUGAUUGGCUCUCUUCUGUAUGCCACCAUCUUUGGGAAUGUGACAACCAUUUUCCAACAGAUGUACGCCAACACCAACAGGUAUCAUGAGAUGCUCAACAGUGUCCGGGAUUUCCUGAAGCUCUACCAGGUGCCCAAAGGGCUGAGCGAACGGGUCAUGGACUACAUCGUGUCCACCUGGUCCAUGUCCCGAGGCAUUGACACAGAGAAGGUCCUGCAGAUCUGCCCCAAGGACAUGAGAGCUGACAUUUGUGUGCACCUGAACCGCAAAGUGUUCAAGGAACACCCCGCCUUCCGGCUGGCUAGCGAUGGCUGCCUGCGGGCCCUGGCCAUGGAGUUCCAGACUGUGCACUGCGCCCCGGGGGACCUCAUCUAUCAUGCUGGGGAGAGUGUGGACAGCCUCUGCUUCGUAGUCUCCGGCUCCCUGGAGGUGAUCCAGGAUGACGAGGUGGUGGCGAUCCUAGGGAAAGGAGAUGUGUUUGGAGAUGUGUUCUGGAAGGAAGCCACGCUUGCACAGUCCUGUGCUAAUGUCAGGGCCUUGACCUACUGUGACCUACAUGUGAUCAAGAGGGACGCCCUUCAGAAAGUGCUAGAAUUCUAUGCAGCCUUCGCUCACUCCUUCUCCCGGAACCUGAUUCUCACCUACAACCUGCGCAAGAGGAUUGUGUUCCGGAAGAUCAGCGAUGUGAAACGGGAAGAGGAGGAGCGGAUGAAACGGAAGAAUGAGGCCCCCCUCAUCCUGCCCCCUGACCACCCUGUCAGGAGACUGUUCCAAAGGUUCCGCCAGCAGAAAGAGGCCAGAUUGGCAGCAGAGCGAGGGGGGCGGGACCUGGAUGACCUAGAUGUGGAGAAGGGUAAUGCCCUCACGGACCACACCUCAGCCAACCACAGCCUGGUGAAGGCCAGCGUGGUCACGGUGCGUGAGAGCCCCGCCACGCCUGUGUCCUUCCAGGGGGCCUCCACCUCCACAGUGUCAGACCAUGCCAAGCUGCACGCUCCGGGAUCUGAGUGCCUCGGUCCCAAGGCAGGCAGCGGUGACUGCGCCAAGCGCAAAGGCUGGGCCCGCUUCAAAGAUGCCUGUGGGAAGGGGGAGGACUGGAACAAGGUCUCCAAGGCAGAGUCCAUGGAGACGCUGCCCGAGAGGACAAAGGCGUCAGGAGAGGCUACGCUGAAGAAGACAGAUUCCUGUGACAGCGGCAUCACCAAGAGCGACCUACGCCUGGACAAUGUGGGCGAGGCUAGGAGUCCCCAGGACCGGAGCCCCAUCUUGGCGGAGGUCAAGCAUUCUUUCUACCCCAUCCCUGAGCAGACGCUGCAGGCCACAGUUCUGGAGGUGAAGCAUGAGUUGAAGGAGGACAUCAAGGCCUUGAAUGCCAAGAUGACCGCCAUCGAGAAGCAGCUCUCUGAGAUACUCAGGAUACUAAUGUCCAGAGGGUCUGCCCAGUCCCCUCAGGAGAUGUGUGAGAUCUCCAGGCCCCAGUCCCCAGAGUCAGACAAAGACAUUUUUGGAGCAAGUUGAGAGGAUCAUUGAAAAACAAACUUAUCAAAAAUCAAAGACGAAAGCCUGUCCCCUUGCCCUCGACGCCCCUCACCACACCGCCCACAUGACCAACAAUUUUCAAAAUAAGCUUUUCCUGUCAGGAAGUCAAAGUGAGACCAAAGGGCCGGUGUGGCCAUGAGGUCUCUGGAAAAUAUAAGCAGGAAUGCGGCCAGGCACCCACCCUGCAAGAUGGCCGUUGCGUUACACCAGCUCCCGAGAACUGGGGAAGAAGGAGCACGCUGUCUAUCUGAAGAGCGCUUCCUUUAGAAUGUCUUACCAAUGUGACGGAAGCCAGCCCUGGAGACCCUGGUGCGAGAGCCCCGGGAACCCCCCGGGAACAGACCACAUUGGGGUUCUUUACCAAGCCCUCUGAAGACCACGACAGGCACCGGGGCUUCUGGGCCUUCACCACCCCUGUGCAGCCGUGUAGGACGUCACCACCUGUUUUCCUAUUCUCGUCAUUUCUAACAAGCUCUCAUUAAGGGGAGCCUGACGGAUGGGAGAGCCUUCCCACUUUGUGGCAGAGGUGGAGCGUCCGGUACUGUACCACGGACAUGCGGGCUGGGCUCUUCAGGUUUCCUUGCCUAGAAGAGGUGAGGCCAGGGUAAGCUGAGAGGGCCCUCAGCUCUGAGCAGGCUCUGUUGUGUGGUCCGCAGCCGGCUCUGUGGGAUGGUUGAUGUGGAUGCUCCCAGCUCCAGAUAAACCCCUGGCGCUGCGCCAAGCUAUAGGCCUCACAACGUGGGACUCUCUGCUGCUUCUCCUCGUCCUCCUCCUAAGCUUGCCCAGGGUGUGGGGCAUUUAAGGAAGGGGCAGGAGCCCGGCAGUGCUUUCCUAACAAAGCAGACACACACACACAACCUCAAAAAUGAUUGUAGCAAGUACUAGCUUUCUAUUUUGAUUCUCAUGGGAUGUUUGUCCAGUGCAUGGGAUCAUUCAAGGUCACAUGGGAGCCACAGUUAGCCUUAUUUGAAAGUCAACCUAUUUCCUACUCUAAAAAUAAUGGCAGGACCAUGAUUAUUCUCUUAGGGAGCUGGAAAAAAAGAAUGAAUGACACAUCGGUUUUCAAAAUGUCUCAGUGAUUAGCUGGGGGGCGGGACAGUGGAACUGUGGUCUGGGGAAAGGCUGAGGCCCAGAGCCACGGCUGCAGGGCCAUGUCUGUAGCAUCCAAGUUCCCACACCAUGAUGCUCAGGAACACUUGCUGCCUCAGUCACUUGAGGUCUUUUUCUUGAUGGCACGCGACAGAACACAGGACAAAGGAGCUAGCUCAGGUGCCCACUUGGAGGCUAUCAGGCAGGGGUGUAACCCUACCCCGUGAGCCUGGAAGGAGCCCUUAGGAGAGUGAGAGCCACGGGUGCUUCUGCUUAGCAUUGCUUGGCUGUCGCAAUUCAGAACGCCAGCCUGUCUAGGGAACCCGCCUUGCAAGACCUGCCCUACCAAAGAUGCUUAGUGUUCUGCCCAGAGGCCAGGACUUGCUGUGCGGCUGUCCAUACAGAAUGGAUGGCACUGGGAAACCAAGGGUGUGACUGCAUGUAGCUUUUAACACAGUGCAUAGGGCCGGCUCCUGGCAUCCCUAGGCAGAGAUUCUAGUAUGACCAGUGUCAGAUGGCAGCAUUUAAAGAUACUCACUGGUGACCCACAGUCCCCUGAGCUGCCGCCAACUACCCCUCGGGAUAGACUGAGACACUGGAGGCCCAUUUGCCGCUGUCCCCCUGAAUGUCCCACUCCUCACACAUACUCAGUAGCCUGGUUCUUAGCUUUGGAGCGCUAAGCUUAGGGUAGGAUGGACCCCAUGUCAGGCAACACUCAGCCUCGGGAGCACCUGUGCCUAGAGAAUCUUCUGGAACUCUCUUGGACUUAAGCGAGCCCUCUAGCACCGGACCAGCCAGUGGACAGAGGCCUUGCUACUCCUGGACAGCUUUUUCUGAGGGGUGAAUCUCCUUCAGAUGUGAGGGGAUCCAAAUGCUGGGGGUGCUGGAGAGCGCGCCCUUGUGUCAUGGGACAGAUAAAGCUUCAGGCUGUACUCUGGGGUCAGGCAAAAUUGAAGUCCUGUUAGGCUGAGGUCCACACUCUGCAAGGGGUGUCUCUACUCAUCUUGGGGUUCUAGGAGUCUAGGACCUAAGAGUUCCUGAAAGUGCAGGUGACAAACACGCACGGGUGGCUUCAUUUUCUCCACUUCUAUAGCAUUUUUGCUACGAUUGCCUUCUUCAAAAUAAAUCAUAAAGGAGCCAACCCAUCUCUCUUUACUUUCCUGGCAAGCAUUGGACCAGAGCUUUUUUGUGCCAGCUUCACAAGGACACAACAGGUGUGCCUUGAGCAAGGACCAUAGGCUUCAGAUACCAAUGGCCCGCACCUUUAUGUCUUAGCCACGAUCUGCUGAGGAGAGACUGGGAAACAGAGGGUCACUGGGUAACAGACCAAACAGUGGGAUUUCAGAAAAAAUGGUGUCCCCUUGGAGGGGACGGGCACAGAAUGUGGUACAUAAGCUGUCCAGUAGGUGCCGGCCACCUGGUCAGCUGCUGUGAAUGUCACCCAGAGUGAAGCUCCAUUUCCCAGUGCCUAUCCCGGCAGGCUAGCUGAAAGGGAGCAGUCCCACUUGGGUGGAUGAACCCGCUUUCUUCCUGAGGGCGUGCGGUAGAGUGGGCUAGGCAUCAGAACCAAACGGCAGAGCCAGUGUUGUGGUUCUGGCAGGCACACUGCCUCGCCAGCUAUGCCAUCCCAAAGGGAGCUGUGGAUUCCUCCACUGGGCACACGACAGGCUUUGGGAUGCUCUGGUCUAGGCACAGCUAACCCCAUUUCUCUGCUUCGUUCCUACUGGAGCAGAGCCUGAGUGUUCGAUUGCUGUGCCCAACAGUCGCCUCCCAGCAGGCUUUGUUUGUUUGGUGCUGGAGGUGAAAGUCACACCCUUGCCCGUGCCGGGGAAGAACUCUACCACUGAAUGAUACCUCUGCCCCUUUCCCCAGCCACCUUCUAGAAACACAUUUAUUACCUUGAUGUCUUGUUAUCUUGUUCCCAGGGCCUCGUUAGCCUUCACCUCUUAGAGCCUGUGUGCCGCUUCCACAGUGAGGAUGGUUGGGCAAGGAGUAGAAAUACCUUACCCCACCACACACAGGCUUCAGCUUCCGAACCCCUAGGUGGAAGGAGGAAACAGUAAGACAAAUGCCAGGUAUAUCCUGGUUGGGGUCGGGACUGAAUGAACUCUGUAGAAAUACCUGUCAGCGGCAGGGCCGCAUCUCCUUGUCACACGGACAUCUUACAGGUACACUCCGGGGCCUCUUGGGAGCCCCGGCAAAGGUACAAGUUGUAGAUGUACGCAUAACUAAAUUGUUUGUACUCUGUUCUGCAAUAAAGAUGUUUCGCCUUAAGACCCUUGAAUGGAAUUCCAGCUGCAAUGGGGGGGUCCCAGUGCCCCCUUGCUACCCUGUCUCCUCCUGUUGCUUGGAAAGGAGGCCUGCGUAGAUCCCCUCAAGUUUUUGGAUGGCCUCUCCUACCUACCUGUCCCUGUUAUAAUUACUGCUCCAUACACUGCCUUUUUGUUCGCUUCAGUAAAAACUGUCUUCACCAGCUCCUGUGGUCUCCAUCUGGAGGAGUCUUCAAUGUUCAUGAAGCCCUGACCCUAAACUCCUAAGAAAGGACCACUUUCCACCCAAGGCGUUGGUGUUGAGAUGCUUUCUUUGCCACCUCCCACCCUUCAAAGGAAUCAAUGUGAAUUUACCUGCAGCUUAAGAACUUUGGUUUCCACAGUAAUGUAUCAGAACCUUUAAAGAUGGCUUCGAAAUUCCUGCCAGACCUGGUAGAGGCAUCUCCACCUGCCACUCGGCCUUCCUUAGAGCCACACUGACGGUGACUUCUGAGUCCUUGAGGGGUCUGCAGCUCUCCUAUCAGAAGACAGACUGCGUUUAUGGUGAAAACGCAGCACCCCUCAUGAAUGUAGCCUCUCAGUAUUCAGACACUAUCUGUGCAUCAGUUGGAGACUGUCCACAUCACAAGGACAUUUAUACCCAUGAGCGGUUCAUCAUUCUGGGGCUUCUCUAUGAACACUCUCCAUCAAAUCCUGCCAAAUCCUUUCUCGGGUUUUUCGUUUCUUUCCCCCCUCUGUCCGAGUGAGCAUGAAUAAACAGAAGUGCAAAUGAGCAGAGGCUAUUUUUGUGAUCAGCUGCGGGUGCUGCCAAGAGCUCCGUUGUGUGGCUGUGGUGCGGGGAUGAUUUGGGCGCUCCGUGGAUGAUACCCCCUUCUUGACAUUUUUAAACAAGCACAAAUGAUAUUUGUAAAAAAAAAAAACAAAGUUUAAUUUUAUUUAUUAUGGUAAUAAACUAUUUUAUACGUGA